AUGGACACACAACCAGGUCAAAACGGGGAAGGCGCCGCUGAUCGCGAAGGUGUUCAAGAAACAGCAGCACGACAUGGGGCUGACGCAUCCGCUUCCCGUAGCGCUCAGCCGGAGUGGCCCUAUUCAGGGCAGCCUGCAGAAAGUGUACACGAAGCACAGCCAUCAGUACCGGACGAUGAAUUCGCCGAGCAGCUGGAUAUUGCUGUCGCGGAAACAGCCGAACAGAAUGAUCUGACUCUUGGACGGGAGCGGAUGUCGCUGGUGCGUCAUGAAGUGCUCUCUACACCGCUCGCAGCUGAAGAAGAUCCAAAUGUGGACGGUGUGCCUCGCACUGCGGUUCAGGAAGCAGCGCAAGCAGAUGGUAUUGGGAUUGAUCCGGCGUCGCAGGAGAAACACCCGAAGCAUGCAGCAGACGCUUUAGAGAGCCAGUCCACAUCAGCCAUUGCCACAGCCGGCUCUGCAUACUUUCAAUACCAGGGACGCCAGGCUGGCGUUACGGACUAUCACCGGUACGCUCAGGACCAAAUGCGAAGGAUUGCUGAAGCGGCAGCAUUGACGGCAACAGGAGACUCGGCAUCGCGCAAGCCGCUCCCCGAAUUAGAGGCAUCCUGGCUCUCGCGGUGGACAUUUUGGUGGUUCGGCUCCCUCAUAUGGCGUGGUUGGCGUCGAACCCUGGACGACUCCGACCUGUAUGAACUGGCACCGGAUGAUCGCGCCCAGCCGCUGUCCGAGCGCUUUGCAGUGGCCUGGGUGGAUUUCCUGGAACGUCAGGAGGAACGCAUUACCAGAGAGUUGGAACGCGAGCGUCAAGCUCGAACAGCGAAAACUGGUGCACUCGACGGAGUUGCGCCCCGCAAAGACGACUCUCUGGACCAUGUUGAUGAGGAGCAGCUCCGCAUCCAGCGACGUUCGCGUUGGCCCAUGUUCUGGGUCAUCCUGCGGGUGCACACGCGCAUUAUCAUUGUGUCCGGUAUCCUGAAAUUCUUUGAUGUCGGUCUAGGUCAGGUUUCUCCAGUCUUCCUGAACAAGCUCUUGAUCUGGCUGGAAACGCCCGGAGCGCCCACAUACCAGGGGUAUCUCUGGGUGCUUGCAAUCUUUCUGGCCCCGUUCCUGAAAGCGUUCGUGGAGAACCAAUACUUUUACCUGACGUUUCGGUUGGCGGUGCGAAUUCGUGGAGAGGUUCAGUCCGCGGUCUACGACAAGUCGCUGCGGUUGAGCGCAAGUGCGCGCGCGCAGACCACCACAGGUGAAGUCGUGAACCAUAUGCAGCUCGAUGCUCAGCGUCUGAGUGACUUUAUGCAGUAUGCCCACGUCCUCUGGGCUGCGCUCUUGCAGAUCGGUGGAGCACUUGCCCUGCUCAUUGUAUACUUGGGCUAUAGCGGCCUCAUUGGCUUCCUCGCGGCGGUGCUGACGGUGCCGCUUCAAGGAUACCUGGUGAAGAGACUGUCGGGAUUUCGCAGGCUAACCUUCGGAAUCACUGACCGUCGAGUGAAACUCUUGAAUGAAAUGUUUCAAGGCAUCAAGACGCUGAAAUUCUAUGCUUGGGAAGAGCCAUUUGCCGUCAAAGUUACGGAGAUUCGGGAGCAGGAACUUGCCGCUUACCGCAGGACUGUUUUUGUUCGCACCCUCUUCUACGUGGUGCUAUUUGUGACGCCAGUGCUCGUCUCUGCGGUGACGUUUGGGUUUUAUGGUGGCGUAUUUCACAACCAACUGAACCCAGCGUUUAUUUUUGCUGGACUGAGCGUGCUGAAUAAUUUGCGUUUUCCGCUGAUUCAGUAUCCGUUCGUAUUUACUGCGCUCGUGGAUGCCCGCAUCGGCGUUCAGCGUUUGCAGCGGUUUUUCGCGCUGGAGGAAAUCGAGCCUUCUCCAGCGACGGAGCGUCUUAGCACGGAUGCAAAGAGCUCGAGUUCAAGCUCCGACCUCAUGGGCGAUCCCGCUCAGAAGCUAACAGACAAACAGAAGCGAACACCGUCUGCUGAAGAUGCGCAGGUGCCGCCUGCACCGCACCAACCCGAGUCAACCCGCUCCCGUUGGCGUUUCUUUUGGCGGAAACCGGUCGAGCGAGCCGCCAAGCACUCCGCACCAUCGUCUGAGCAUCCAACAGAUGCAAUUGAUGGUGCUGAUGCCAGCGGUAGUGUUAUGACGCGAGCUCGCGAACCCUCUGGAGCGAUUCCUGCCGAGGAAGCAUCAUCGCUGCCUGGCGCCUUGCACUGGGGUCCGUCCAUUGAGCUCCCAGGCGAAUCAGCGGCUUUUCACGAGCAAGCUGAAACGAGUACAAUCCUGAUGGACUCUACAGAUACAGCAGAGAACGGCCAGGGCACCGGAAUGCUGCUCGAUAAGCCUAGCAAGGAUCUCAGCUCAGGACUGGGUAGAGCGUCGUCGUCGUUUCGGAAGGAGCCCAUGUACGUCAUCGAGAUCGAGCACGGGUGCUUCGACUGGACGCUCAGCAAGGAGCAGCCAGCUCCGGCUUCUGCCUCUGCUUCUGCCACAGAAGGACAGCAGCUGCCCAAGCGCCGCCUAGCGCUUUUCCAGCGCCUCUGGCAUCGACGCGAGCUGCGCAGACAACCUCCCCAGCCGGAGGUGCGAUUGAAACCCGUCGAGUUUGUACCCGCUCUGGAAGAUGUGAACCUGCGGAUACCGCCACGCGCGCUAGUGGCUGUUGUGGGGCGCGUCGGCUCUGGUAAGUCAUCGCUGGUGUCCGCCAUACUCGGCGAACUGCAACGACGAUCGGGCACGGUUCGGGUUCACGGCUCUGUGGCUUAUUCUGCACAAGCAGCUUGGAUCUAUAACGGGACAGUGCGCGACAAUAUUCUCUUCGGGCUUCCAUAUGAACCAAAGCGAUACAGGCGAGCCAUAUACGUGAGUGCGCUGAAUGCCGACUUGGAGAUUUUACCAGCUGGCGACUUGACUGAGAUUGGUGAAAAAGGAAUCAACCUCAGCGGUGGACAGAAGCAACGCGUCAGUCUGGCUCGCCUCGUGUACGCAAAUGCAGAUGUGAACAUUUUGGAUGACCCGCUAUCCGCCCUGGAUGCGCAUGUCGGAGAUCACGUCUUUCAGAAGAUUCUCUCCAACGAGCACGGCGUCCUACGACGUAAGACGCGAGUGCUGGUCACCAAUCAUCUGCAGUAUGCCUCGCGUUGUGACUGGAUUGUUUUGAUGGAAAAUGGCCGCAUCGCAGGUCAGGGGACGUUGCAGCACUUGACAACGAGCUCACCGCGCUUUGUGGAGAUGCUUGCGGCAAUGACAGCGACGCGUUCCACGCAAUCCAAGACGCAGGUCGGGGAUCCGAACACCGAACCCGCCGAAGACGACCUCCACCGGCUGGACGCAGACGACGCAGACGGGCAUCGAGAACGCUCGGAAUCAACGAAAGAGAGAACGAGUUUCUUCUCAAGCAGUGGCGUCGGCAGCGGCGACCCGAGCGUCACUGGACGUGAAACCCAGAAAUCCACUGACAGGGGUCAGCUGGUCGUUACCGAGGAAAUCAACAAAGGUCACGUAGCACUCUCCGUCUACUGGGGCUAUGCGAAGCGCUGUGGGAAUCCGUAUCUCUUCAUCGCGAUCUUGUCGUUAUUCUUUGUGUCGGCCGGCGAGGCAGUGGUCAACAACUGGUGGCUCAGCUUCUGGAGCGAGCACGAGCAGCAGUACACAUUGGGCUUCUUCCUCGGCAUCUACUUCGCGCUUGCCGCGGGUCACGCGAUUAUCUCUUUCUUCCGCACGUACUGGUUUCUGCUGUUGACGCUGGUAGCGGCGCGUUACCUGCAUGCAGAGCUGCUGGACUCGGUGCUGCGAGCACCAAUGGCCUUUUACGAUGUGACACCUGUCGGACGUAUUCUGGUUCGCUUCAGUCGCGAUAUCAUGCAGAUUGACUUUCAGUUACCGCAGCAGUACAUCUCAUUCCUGCAGCAGAUCGCCUCGAUCAUUGCCGCCUAUGUUUUCAUCGCUGUUAUAUUUCCGAUCUUCGUGGCGGCCAUGGUGCCCAUUACUGUGCUGUAUUUCGUGCUGCAGCAGAUCUAUAAUCCCGCGAAUAUUCAGUUUCGGCGGCUGGACAGCAUCAGCAAGGGUCCCAUCUACAGUCACUUUAGCGAAACCCUGAAUGGACUGACCACCAUCCGCGCCUACCGUCGACAGGCUUACAUGCAAGCGGUCAACCGCUUCCGCAUCGAUAUCAACCAGCGAGCUUACUACCACCAGGUAACCGGCAACCGUUGGCUUGCGCUGCGUCUCGAGGUGCUCGGCGCUCUUCUGGUCUUUAUCACGGGGAUCUUUGGAGUGACCUCCAAGAACACCACCUACGUCGGGUUGACUGGCUUGGCGCUUACCUACGCGCUCCAGGUGACGUCGGCGCUGAGUUUAGCGGUGCGAUCGAUCACCGAAGUCGAGCAGCUGAUGAACUCGGUGGAGCGCAACUUUUACUACACGGACUCGAUUCCGCACGAGAACCUGGACGGCGAGGAGCCGCCUCCCAGUUGGCCCCAGGUGGGCGAAAUCGUUUUCGAGGACGUUUCGCUGCGGUAUCGUCCUCAGUUGCCGUUAGUGCUGCAGGAUGUGACGUUCCGCGUCGCCGGUGGCGAACGUGUCGGUAUCCUGGGACGCACGGGUUCCGGCAAGUCCUCCAUCAUUGUCGCGCUCUUUCGACUCGUCGAGAUACCAGUGAAUGAAACGACAGGCAAGCCGAUGGGUCGCAUCCUCAUCGAUGGACUCGAUAUCAGCAAACUGCGAGUGCGCUCGUUGCGUUCCCGGCUCACGAUUAUACCGCAGGAUCCGGUGCUUUUCUCGGGGAGCAUUCGACUCAAUUUGGAUCCGUUUGGGCUGUACACAGACGCGGAGCUCUGGAGUGCGCUGCGCUACGCCCAUUUGGACGACGCAGUGCACGCUAUGCCCGGUGGCCUCGAGGCCCAGGUCGCCGAGUACGGAGAGAACCUAUCCGCUGGCCAGAGGCAGUUAAUCUGUCUGGCUCGGGCGCUGUUGCGGCAUCCGCGGAUUCUCAUCAGCGACGAAGCCACCUCUAGUGUGGACUUUCAAACCGACAAGGUCAUUCAGGACGUUAUUCGGCAGCAGUUUGAGGAUGCAACCUUGCUGGCGAUUGCGCAUCGCCUCUUUACGCUUGCCGCGUUCGACACCUGCCUCGUCAUGCAUCAUGGGCGCGUGGCGGAGUACGGCGAUCCCGAGGAGCUGCUCUCCACACGUCCAGACGGUCAGUUCAGUCGACUUGUGUACUCUCUGGGGCCACGUGCUAGCGCUCGAUUCCGUGCGCUCCUUCGUGAGCAUGCACCCCAGCGACGCCAUCGUCAGUCAAGUCGGAAGGGCCGCGCACUUUCAAUGACGGCAACCAGCGGCAGCGCUCUGGAGGCAGAACCCGAUUCUGUGCAUCCUGAAAUCGAUCCGUAA